AUGUUCAACUUCUUCAUUCCUAAUGGAAUAAGCACUCACAUCAUACACAUACCACAAAAAGCAACACCGCCACGAAAACCCCGAAACUAUACUCACUGUAACAGACCUCACUCUCAUGCGCUCCUACCUUGUUUAAGAAUUAAAGAUAACCAUUGUCGAUUGGCUGGGGAUAGUAAGGUUUGUCCAUGGAGGAACAGAAACGCAGACGAGAGGAAGAAGAGAAAACAUGGUUGUGUUUUGCAGAGAGAAAAUGAGAUGAGAUCGAUCGAAGGUGAGAGUAGAAGGUUGAGCGGUGGCGGAUUGAGCAAACAGAGAAGAAGGUUUAGUGGUGGUCGCGACACUGCAAUCUGA